AUGCCGGUAAAGCCGCCGCAGACUCCGGGAAGGGGUCAGGCUCGACCAAUUCAAUCACGGUCAUCCAAUCCGUCCAGGAACGACGACUCGGGCUCGGGAGCUGAAGGCCCGGCCCGCAGGCGCGUCCAAAAGGCGGCCUCGACCAAUUUCCAUUCAAAUACCAAUUCUGAUUCUCAGGAGUCGCGGGGCGCUGCAGGGCUGCGUGCAGGUGGCAUGGGUAGGAGAAGACUGUCAAUUCGGAACGAGAAAACCCCGCAGGGUCCGCGACCGCAAGAUCACUCGCGGUGGAGUAAACCAACGGGCGGCUAUCAUCACUCCGAAAACUCCUCAAUCGACUCCAUGAAUGACUUGACCAAAAACCUGAACCUCCGAUCUACGAGUGUGGGAAAUUUGUCGAAACUCGAAUCCAACCAGGCGCCGCCAGAAGGCAUGGAGUUUUUGGCCCCAAUCAAUUUCGACGACUUCCACAAUAGCAUCAUGGCCGAGCCCAGUUUGAAUCACUUUCCCAUACCCGGAAACGGUGUUGCAGGAAGUGAGAAUCGCGAUUCAGGGAUUUCGACCAACAGCUCUUGGACAAACCACAGCUACGACAGCAACGUUUCGGAGCGAACCAGGGGUGCUUCGGCUCGUCGAAAAAGUGAGGUCUCACAUCUGAGUCCGAAUUCUGCGAACCCAGGCCUCUCUGCAUCUUCGGCCAACACCCGCAAUCGUCGCCAGAGCCUUGCCCAGCCUCCCAGCGGCUCAAACACAGCUUCACGUGGCUCCCGCAAGUCUAUUAGCUCUGGCGCAUUCGCUCAAACGACCGCCUCGGCGCGCCGCGCCAGUCUGAGUGCCCGCAAAGUCAGUACCGACACUGCUCGCAUGGACAACAACUUCCUCCGCCCUCGGCCUCAGGAUGAAGAGUCCAAAGUUCCGUCUUCCGUCCGAAGCUUGAAAGCCAAAUCUUUUCAGCCUGCCGCGCGUGAACCACGUGGAACGUUUUUGACUGCGUCUGGGACCCCUGAUCACACGCGGUCUUCUUCCACCAACGCCGUACGAACCCCAGUGAGAAAUGCUUCUUCUAAUACAACUGUCACAACGCCUUCGUCAUCUUCCAAACGCAUGUCCGUUCUACCGCCCCAUGCCACUGGACUUGGCGCUCGUACCAUCAGCCCCACGGAUGCACGGCGAAUGAAGCGAAUGUCAAUUGUUCCCCUCGCACCUCCGAUGCCACACACGCCCCCUACGCAGACGGAACCUCUCCCAAUCCGCCCUGUAUCUUCGACCCAUUCGCCAUCUCAAAUUCCGAGGAAAAGCGUCACCCCUUCCUCUAACCGCACGACACCUGAUCCAAAUCGCAAGUCGUACAGCUCCGGGCUUUCCGUUUCCUCGAGUACUAGCUACAAUUCGGUGCGGAAUUCCAUAAGCUCCCUCCAGCAUCGCCUUUCUCAAAACUUCUCCACGUCUCGACUUCCCACCCCUAAGCCCCGAGUGGAACAAACUACCACGAACACCGAGGAAGAAGUCCCACCUGUCCCGGCCAUCCCUAAGGCCUAUGAGUCUCCCAAGGGAGAAUUUGAUGCACCUGCCUUUCCCGCGCCGAGAAAGUCGAGUUUGCCUUUGGAUAUUGGCCCUGUCAAUGCUGCGCGAGAUUCUGACUCCGAUGCAAACACCGGGGCAAGUGUCGGGUCCAAUGCUACCCGAACAGCCAAAACCCCCGAGACACGAACUCGCACAUCUACGGUCUUGGGCCGGAAGGGCUUGCACCCGUUGAAGCUUCCGCCACUGAACUUGCUGCCUUUGGGCACACCGAUGACGACCAAGAUUGAAGCGUUGAAGGAACGAGAAGCUGAGGAGCGCAAAUCACAGACACCAUUCAACCAAAUGGUAUCAAAAACCCCCACCACUCCUAUGACGGCAUCCAAAGCAAAUUUCUGGACCUACCGUGACGAGGAUGACCGAGGCCCCCUCACUCAGGCGCGGAGCAGCACUUCUCAUUUUGCCCUAAGCUCCACCUCGACGGCGGCACUACGGGCGGCGAGCAGUACCAGCGCCUUUGACACUCUUGAUACGCCCAACAGUGCACGUAACAUAUCGCCAUAUGCUUCGUACACUUUGCCCAAGAACAGCACAGAAUUCAAUCAUCUCCGUCUCCAGGCAAGCGGCGAUUAUUCGAACCGGACAUCCCAGUCGUACAAGUUGAAUGGCCCGCGGCCUCAGACGCAGAGUGCUAUUUUUACUCCUGCCACAGAGAGGCUCAGCCAAAUAUCGACUCCGUCCGAGCCCGAGAGCACUAACGUGUCUAGCUCUUCUCUUCGGGAUCGGCUGAACGUGGCACGCAUCCGCAGCAGCUCCAAGUCUCAAAAGUCGUCCGAGCUUGAUACCGACCCUGCCAAAUAUGAUCAUAUGCCACCACCCAAACUCCCCGCAUCCGCAACAUGGAACAAUCUGUCCUCUGCCACCUCAACGAGCCCCAUUCUCAAGUCCUCGUACCUCCAACCCCGGCGGCAAUCAUCUGUCUCGGGUGCAACAAACCCUCCGGCCGAGCGGAAGCCGAGCGUCAGCAGUGAGCAGAGCGUUACCCUCGAGCCAAGUCGUUCCAAUGAUUCCGGUGGAAGUGAACAAUCUCAGAACCGUACCCCCAGUAACUAUUUGUCUCCGGUCCACCAACUUAUCAACACAGCCCGCUCGAGUGCUGCGGCAUCUUCACGAUCAACCGAUACCAAGGUUGAUGCCGACAUUGUUGUGGCAGAUGAGGAGAUGAGGAAACUGGGAUCUAAGCGAAAAGACUUUGAGAAGGCAGCCAAAGCGUUGGACGAAAUGCGCCUCAAAGCAGGGCCCAAGGACCGAGUCAGCCCUGCUCAGGCCUUGAAGAUGGCAAACUUGAACAUUUUUGAGCGUGGGGAGAUCAUCGACUACCGCGAUAUCUACUUCUGUGGCACCCAAAAUGCCAAGAAGCACGUCGGAGACCUGCACUCGGGCGCUGCGAACUUUGGCUACGACGAUGAUAGGGGCGACUAUAACAUCGUGGUCGGUGAUCACCUGGCCUACCGGUAUGAAGUUGUGGAUGUCUUGGGCAAGGGAAGUUUCGGACAGGUCGUCCGAUGCGUCGAUCAUAAAAACGGGGCCCUGGUUGCUGUGAAGAUCAUCCGCAACAAGAAGCGGUUCCAUCAGCAGGCCUUGAUAGAAGUCAAUCUCCUGCAAAAACUGAAAGAGUGGGAUCCCCAUCGCCGUCACAGCGUGGUCAACUUCACUCAGAGCUUCUACUUCCGUGGCCAUCUCUGCAUCUCGACCGAACUUCUGGGAAUGAAUCUUUAUGAAUUCAUCAAGGCACAUGACUUCCGAGGCUUCUCGCUGAAGCUCAUCCGGCGGUUCACAAAGCAGAUGCUCAGCAGUCUUGUGCUGUUGCAUGCGAAGAAGGUGAUUCACUGCGAUCUAAAGCCGGAAAACAUUCUCCUUGUGCAUCCAUUGAACUCUGAGAUCCGAGUGAUCGAUUUUGGAUCGAGCUGCUUUGAGAACGAGAAGGUUUACACCUAUAUUCAAAGUCGCUUUUAUCGUUCGCCGGAGGUCAUUCUGGGUAUGUCAUACGGCAUGCCUAUUGACAUGUGGAGUGUGGGGUGCAUUCUGGCGGAGUUGUUCACGGGCUACCCUAUCUUCCCUGGCGAAAAUGAGCAGGAGCAGCUGGCCUGCAUCAUGGAAAUUUUCGGUCCCCCAGAGAAGCAUCUGAUCGAGAAAAGCUCGCGGAAGAAGCUGUUCUUCGAUUCGCUGGGCAAGCCGCGUUUGACCGUCUCCUCCAAGGGACGGCGGCGUCGCCCAAGCUCCAAGGAGCUCCGGCAGGCUCUCAAAUGUGAUGACGAAGCUUUCCUCGACUUCAUCACACGCUGUCUGCGAUGGGACCCUGCUCGUCGACUGACGCCUCACGAUGCGCUUAAGCACGAGUUCAUCACGGGCGUCAAGGUCCCCACUCGACCUCGGAUGUACGCUGCAGUCAACUCUCCCUCUAAGCGGGGGACCACGUCUGCCUCGCGACCUCUGCCCGAGCCGCCCGGAACCAGUUUGAAGAACAGCACGGCCACACGCGGUCGCGAUGUCUCUGGCAACUCGCCGGUCAAGGGCAGCAGUGGAAAACGCCACUCAACCGUCAGCGGGCCGCCGCCCACCACCCCCGGCAAGCGAGCGUCGAACAACCCCACCGCCCCCGGGUCUGCGCUUCCGCGCGUCUCGGCACGGAGUAUCAGUGGGAAACCCGACCUUGCCACCGCGGCGGCCGCGACGAGCUUGAGGACCAAAUGA